AAAAAAAACCUAAAAAAACUUUUCCUGCUCCUCUUUGGUCUCCCACUUAGUCGGCUGUUGGUGGAAAAUGGCGGAAAUAAAAAACUAGGAGCCCAUUCAAGAACCACGGUACACAACAACAAACUCGGUGUGACAAAAGUUUGUGGAAAAAGUGAAAAUGACGCGCUGGGUCCCAACUAAAAAAGAAAAAUACGGCGUCGCAAUCUAUAAUUACGAUGCCAGAGGAGAAGAGGAGCUGUCUCUGCAAAUUGGGGACACAGCACAUAUAUUAGAAACAUAUGAAGGCUGGUACAGAGGCUAUAGGAUAAGAAGAAAGUCCAAAAAGGGUAUAUUUCCUGCAUGUUACAUACACCUCAAAGAUGCAACGGUUGAAGGAAAUGGGCAGAAAGAAACUGUUAUUCCAAAUGAGCUUCCGCUGGUGCAAGAAGUUACCACUAUACUGCGGGAAUGGGCCUCAAUAUGGCGGGAAUUAUAUGUCGGAGACAAGCGUGAAAUGUUCAACACAGUCAGGGACUUGAUAUAUGACUUAAUAGAAUGGAGAUCGCAAAUUCUCUCUGGAACCCUUCCACAAGAUGAGCUUCAAGAGCUGAAACAGAAAGUCACUUCUAAAAUAGAUUACGGGAACAAAUAUCUUGAUUUGGAUCUGGUUGUAAGAGAUGAAGAUGGGAACAUUUUGGACCCUGAGCAGACGAGUACCAUCAGCCUGUUCCUUGCUCAUGAAACAGCGUCCAAACAGAUAGAGGAGAGAAUCCAGGAGGAGCAGUCUCAGAAACAAAAUAUUGAUUUAAACAGACAAGCCAAGUUUGCAUCCACUCCAUCUUUUGCCCUUUUCGUCACCUUGAAGAAUGUAGUGUGCAAAAUAGGAGAAGAUGCCGAGGUUCUCAUGUCCCUAUAUGAUCCCGUGGAAUCCAAAUUCAUCAGUGAAAACUACCUUGUACGAUGGUCAAGUUCAGGAUUGCCAAAAGAUAUAGAUCGACUCAACAACCUUCGGGCUGUUUUCACAGAUCUUGGAAGCAAGGACCUUAAAAGAGAGAAAAUAAGUUUUGUGUGUCAGAUUGUAAGAGUCGGGCGCAUGGAGCUAAGGGACAAUAACACCAGAAAACUUACCUUUGGGUUAAGGAGGCCGUUUGGAGUUGCAGUCAUGGAUGUCUCUGACAUCAUAACUGGCAAAGUGGAUGAUGAAGACAAACAGCACUUCAUUCCUUUCCAACCGCUAGCAUUGGAUGACGCCAUUCGACACAAGCAGCUGAACAUAUCAUCCCGUUUUUCACCCAGGGUGGCAGGGGAGAGCGACUUCCUUCAGACUGUCAUCAACAAAGUGAUCGCCGCCAAAGAAGUCAAUCACAAGGGGCAAGGUCUGUGGGUGACACUGAAACUGCUUCCUGGAGACAUUCAUCAAAUCCGCAAAGAUUUUCCUCACCUUGUAGAUCGAUCCACAGCGGUCCCACGGAAAAUGGGAUUCCCAGAGAUUAUAAUGCCUGGUGAUGUUCGGAAUGACAUCUAUGUGACACUGGUCCAAGGAGACUUUGAGAAAGGGAGCAAGACGACGCAGAAGAAUGUGGAGGUGACCAUGUCUGUGUAUGAUGAAGAUGGCAAGCGACUGGAGAAUGUGAUUUUCCCUGGAGCUGGCGAUGAAGGCGUCUCGGAGUACAAAUCUGUGAUCUACUAUCAAGUGAAGCAGCCUCGAUGGUUUGAAACUGUAAAGGUGGCAAUUCCUAUUGAAGACGUGAACCGCAGUCACUUGCGCUUUACUUUCCGCCACAGAUCAUCCCAGGAUUCCAAAGACAAAUCCGAGAAGAUAUUUGCACUGGCAUUUGUGAAGCUGAUGAGGUAUGAUGGGACGACAUUGAGGGACGGGGAACAUGACCUUAUUGUUUAUAAGGCAGAAACAAAGAAGUUGGAGGACUCCUCUAUCUAUCUGAAUCUACCAGCCACUAAACUUGAGCUGGAGGAGAAAGGUUAUGCAUCCACUGGGAAAAGCAUGCAGAACCUUGGAAGCUGCACAAUUAGCAGGGACUCCUUUCAGAUAUCUACCUUGGUCUGCUCGACAAAGCUCACACAGAAUGUUGAUCUUCUUGGGCUCCUAAAAUGGCGUUCCAAUACCAGCUUGCUGCAGCAGAACCUAAGGCAGUUGAUGAAGGUCGAUGGUGGUGAAGUGGUGAAGUUCCUGCAGGAUACGUUGGAUGCACUUUUCAACAUCAUGAUGGAGAAUUCGGAUAGCGAUACGUUUGACACCCUGGUGUUUGAUGCGCUGGUAUUCAUAAUUGGGCUUAUUGCUGACAGAAAGUUCCAGCACUUCAAUCCUGUCCUGGAAACCUACAUUCGAAAGCAUUUUAGUGCUACACUUGCGUACACCAAACUUACAACCGUUUUGAAGAACUACGUUGAUAAUGCUGAGAAGCUGACGGAGCAGCUGUUCAGAGCUAUGAAAGCUCUGGAGUACAUUUUCAAGUUCAUUGUUCGUUCCCGAGUUCUUUUUAACCAACUUUAUGAAAAUAAAGGAGAAGUUGAUUUCAUGGAGUCUUUGAGGGACCUCUUCAAAUCUUUCAAUGACAUGAUGAACAGCAACUCCGAAAACACAGUAAUGGUGAAGGGAGCUGCCCUGAAAUACUUGCCAACGAUUGUCAACGAUGUUAAACUGGUUUUUGAUCCUAAAGAACUUAGCAAACUAUUUACAGAAUUCAUCUUGAAAGUUCCACAGGGGCGGCUGUUACGGCAGAAGCUGCAUUGCUUGAUCGACAUCGUGCACAGCGACCUCUUCACGCAGCACGAUUGCCGGGAUAUUCUGCUGCCGCUGAUGACUGAGCAGCUGAAGCUUCACCUGGAGAAUCAAGAGGAAUUGGAAGCCUGCUGUCAGCUGCUCAGCAACAUACUGGAAGUUCUGUACAGAAAGGACGUGGGACCCACUCAGCGACACGUCCAGAUAAUUAUGGAGAAAUUAUUAAGGACGGUAAACAGGACAGUCAUCUCCAUGGGACGGGAUUCAGAGCUUAUUGGCAGCUUUGUCGCCAGCAUGACAGCCAUCCUAAGACAGAUGGAAGAUUAUCAUUAUGCUCACUUGAUCAACACCUUUGGGAAGAUGAGGUCUGAUGUUGUGGAUUUUCUAAUGGAAACAUUUAUCAUGUUCAAAGAUCUCAUUGGGAAGAAUGUCUAUCCUGCCGACUGGGUAAUAAUGAACAUGAUGCAGAAUAAAGUAUUCCUGAGAGCGAUUAAUCAGUAUGCAGCAGUGCUGAACAAGAAGUUCCUUGAUCAAACCAACUUUGAACUGCAACUGUGGAACAACUAUUUCCACCUGGCAGUUGCUUUUCUCACACAGGAAUCUCUGCAGCUAGAGAACUUCUCCAGCGAUAAGCGGGCCAAAAUAUUUCAAAAAUAUCAGGACAUGAGGAGGACCAUUGGAUUUGAAAUCAGGGACAUGUGGUAUAACCUUGGUCCACACAAGAUAAAGUUAAUCCCAGAAAUGGUGGGUCCCAUGUUAGAAAUGACCCUUGUUCCUGAAAUUGAGCUCCGGAAGGCUACAAUCCCCAUCUUUUUUGAUAUGAUGCAGUGCGAGUUUCACUACACCAGAAGCUUCCAAAGGUUUGAAAACGAGAUCAUCACCAAGCUGGAUCAUGAAGUGGAAGGAGGCAGAGGGGACGAGCAGUACAAAGUGCUGUUUGACAAAAUCCUCCUCGAGCACUGUCGGAAGCACAAGUACCUUGCCAAGAGCGGGGAGAAUUUUGUCACGCUGGUUGUCAGGCUGAUGGAGAGGCUGCUGGAUUACAGAACAAUCAUGCAUGAUGAAAGCAAAGAAAACCGCAUGAGCUGUACAGUCAAUGUGCUGAACUUCUACAAAGAGAUAGAAAGAGAAGAAAUGUAUAUAAGGUAUUUGUACAAGCUGUGCGACCUCCACAAAGAGUGUGACAACUACACAGAGGCUGCCUACACACUGCUGCUUCACGCCAAGCUUCUCAAGUGGUCUGAGGAAGCAUGUGCUGCACAUCUUACUCAGCGGGAUGGCUACCAGGCAUCCACCCAAGGACAACUGAAGGAUCAGCUAUACCAAGAAAUUAUCAAUUACUUUGACAAGGGCAAGAUGUGGGAAGAAGCCAUUUCUUUGGGUAAAGAGCUUACUGAACAGUAUGAGAAUGAAAUGUUUGACUACGAACAGCUAAGUGACCUGCUGAGAAAACAAGCCCAUUUCUAUGAAAGCAUUGUGAAAGUGAUAAGACCCAAACCAGAUUAUUUUGCUGUGGGAUACUACGGCCAGGGAUUCCCUUCCUUCAUGCGGAACAAGAUUUUCAUUUACAGAGGGAAGGAAUACGAGCGGCGUGAGGACUUUGAGGCAAGGCUAUUAACCCAGUUCCCUAAUGCGGACAAAAUGAAGACGACUACUUCACCAGGCGAUGACAUUAAAAACUCGCCAGGACAAUAUAUCCAGUGUUUCACCGUGAAGCCAAUACUGGAGCUUCCACCAAAGUUUCAGAACAAGCCUGUAUCAGAGCAAAUAUUGAGUUUCUACACUAUAAAUGAGGUCCAGAAGUUUCAGUACUCCAGACCAAUAAGGAAAGGGGAGAAGGAUCCAGACAAUGAAUUUUCAAAUAUGUGGAUUGAAAGAACCACUUACGUAAUAGCUUACAAGCUGCCAGGUAUACUAAGAUGGUUUGAAGUUGUAUCUGUCUCCAUGGUUGAAAUUAGUCCUUUGGAAAAUGCAAUAGAAACGAUGCAGUUGACCAAUGAGAAGAUCAAUAACGUGGUUCAGCGGCAUUUGAACGAUCCCAACCUGCCCAUCAAUCCUCUCUCCAUGCUGCUUAAUGGAAUUGUGGAUCCCGCUGUAAUGGGAGGGUUUACAAAUUAUGAAAAGGCUUUCUUUACUGGGAAGUACAUGCAAGAACACCCUGAGGAUCAGGACAAGAUUGAAAAACUAAAGGAUCUGAUAGCCUGGCAGAUCCCAUUCCUGGCUGAAGGAAUCCGCAUACAUGGAGAGAAAGUUACAGAAGCAUUGAGACCCUUCCAUGAGAGGUUGGAAGCUUGCUUUAAGCAGCUAAGAGAAAAAGUAGAAAAGCAGUAUGGGGUCAAAGCACUUCAGCAGCCGUCUGCUGUUGAUGAGAGACGAGGGUGCCGGCCCAGGUCCAUGGUCAGGUCCUUCACAAUGCCGUCAUCACAGAGACCCCUGUCUGUCGCGUCGGUGUCAUCCAUAUCAUCAGACAACUCUCCAUCCAGGCCAGGAUCUGACGGCUUUGCGCUAGAGCCCCUUCUGCCAAAGAAACAGCACUUCAAGUCUCAGGAUAAACUGGACAAGGAUGACCUUGACAAAGAGAAGAAAGACAAGAAGAAGGAGAAGAGGAACAGCAAACACCAGGAGGUGUUUGAUAAAGAGUUUAAAGCUGCCGAGAUCUCCUUGCAGCCCACAGAGGCUGUCAUCCUUUCGGAAACGAUCAGUCCACUGAGACCACAAAGGCCAAAGAGUCAGGUGUUGAGUGUGAUGACAGGUGACCGGCGCUUCUCUGUCUCCCCUAACCCCCCUUCAGCCACGUCUGGACCCCCUCCCAUCACCUCCAGGGCCAGGAUGGCCUUUAGUUUACAGAUUGGCUCCAGCAUGGAACUGAAUGGUAUGGGUUGCCCAGAAAGAACAGAUAUCCCACCCCCUCUUCCUAUAAAAAGCAACACGGGCGAUUAUGGAAAUCUCAUGGAUAAUCAAGACUUGACGACUCCUGCUACACCCCCACCUCCUCCUCCACAUCAAAGGCAUCUUCCUCCACCAUUGCCAAGCAAGACCCCUCCCCCUCCACCACCAAAGACAACUCGAAAGCAAACGUCCAUUGACUCUGGAAUUGUACAGUGAUAGAAAGUAUGUUUUUUAAGACCCCAAAGACUAAGCUGUCAUAUUUUCUUCUUUUUUUUCUUCCUUUUUUUCUAUACAGCGUGAAAAGAUGAUUACCUCAUUUGGGCCUGCACAAAUGAACUUUUGUUUUAGCGUGAUGAUUCAGUCAGCUGGAGGGAUGAGUUUUUUUUCCUAUUGCACAGAUUAUUAAACAUGUCUUUGGCUGCUGAGUUGUGAAUACUUACUAAUGCAUAAUAUCACAAGCAUAUACAUACUAAACAUGUUGCUCUGUUUUACAUACUGACGGAUGGAGAGAAAGACUUAUUAUGUUAAUUUUCUUUAUAAUAAUCGUAUGAGCUGUUGGGUGCCUGCUGUUGACUGAAUGAUGAUUGGUUAUUGAAUUUUACAGAAACUACUACAAUACUGCCAAUAUUAUCUAAUCAUUCUGUACAGAGGUUUGUGUAUAUAUGAUUUUUUUUAAACUUGUUUUAUGGUGCCAGCUUUUAUCGUAACACUAAAUAGUAUCUAGCAAAUAAAUCCAAAAAGGGCUUUUAGAUUAAGAAUUACAGGACUGUAAAGUACUAUGUAAACUUAUGUAACUUUUUUUAAUAGAUUGUAUUUAAUAGUCUAAAUAAUGGGGUUUGGUGUGUUUACAGCUAACUUUUUUUUCUAUUCUCAUUGUAUAUUAUUUGUUGAAGUAUUAUGUAAUCGUGAUAGUUUCAAAUUCACUACUGACUCCAAAAUAAAAUGUUCAAAUUGUA